UUUUGGAAUGCUAGCAGUCGUCACUGUUUGCUCCGCAUUGUAAUGGGAAUCUAAUUCUAAUUUUCCCGCGCUUAAACCUCUCCUUACAAUUUUCACCCCCCUCCUUUUCACACCAAGCUUCUCAACUCUACUAAACGUUGAACGAUUACGGCGCCCUCUAUCGCGGCUUUAGGUGUUUUCCGCUUUACCCAUCUAACAUUUACUCAAGACUGUGGUCAAUAUUAUUGCUGGGGUUUUUCUAAAAGCUUGACAUACUGCUUAAGAUAGAAAGGAUACAUGGCAGGCAAACACACAGUGGUUGUGCCUUGAUUAGGGUCACGUCGUUUGCGAACGUCUUGCAAACUUCGCAUUCGGAUUUUUCACACCCCAGUUCCACAGCCGCGCCUUUAAAAUGUAUGUGUCGAGCUUCACCUUCGGUAUGGUUUUAGCCAAAAUACCCGACCGUCCCUAUAUGUUUAUCUACUUUUUUCAUCUUGACAGCGUCCGUCUAUCGAAUGAGCAUAUGCCAUAAGCUAUAUAUGUAUAUAUAUAUAUAUUUAUGAGGCGUAUCCUUUCUUCUGAUUCCUUCGCGCUCCUGUGUUGUUCCCAAGUGAUUUCUAAUUAGUAUGACCACCCCAGUUUGUAACAGCUAACAGAUACCACUCAACGCAGAAACGCGGCUCUUUCUCAGCUUCAUCCUCGCCCAACUUCGCCUCUUUCCCAAAACAUGGGGGAGAGGAGAUCCGUUGCGAGGUGGGCUUGAUGAGGCACCACAACGCGCCAGCAGCCACCGUUACUAACAGCAGCUUUCCGUUCGUUUAUUGACCAUUUUGACCACUGGCACUCGGCACUUAAUCACUCACAUCCAUAGGUACGACGACCGUCGUCCAGUUAAAAGUGAUUGACAAUAACAAACAUUGUUACUGCCGUCUUCGCCAUUGGUUUUCCGUGCGCGGGACGCUUGUUUCGUUCGUUUCACAGAAAAGAAGCCGUAGCUGAGAUCGAGGGAUCCAGAACUGUACACGAUUAAGAGUCGGUUCAUGGAGGGAAUAACAACAAGUCUGUGGGUUCAGGAUCAUUCGUUCGUCAACGAUUAGCGAGGUAACCGUCGCUCAUGACCACUGAUACAAACCGACGAAUGUUGCUAUUCUCAAAACGUUGUGCCUCCUGCUCUGUGUCCGAAUUAGCGAACUCUUAGCUAAGAGAUACGACAAACCAGAACAGGACAGUCAGCUCAACAUUAACAGUCGCGUAAGAUAGACCGCGGUACUCCGUUUCAAUCAUAACGACGUAAAUAACAGCUAUAGUGACGAAUAACGAAAGCUACGGAUACUCAGUUAUCAACUUUAGUUCGUCAGUCAGUUUCUUUCAGCUUGGCUGAUACUUCUCCGAGGGCAAACUUAGCUAACAAAGCUAUAAAGGGCAAAGGCGCACAACGACAACAACAACGCCAGUCGCCACAAGUUGUAGUCGUUGAAAACCAACAAAGAAGAGCAGUGACAACAAGAGAAGAGCAAGUAGUUUGGGUGCCGUAGAGAGCGCCAGCCGAUUCAUGCGAUAGCAGCCGACGAAUCACAAGCAGACUCGAGUCAAGUUGUGUUGUGUAUGCCGGCCGCCACUGGUUCUGCCUGCGGUAGUCAUCGAAUCGAAGAGACAACGGAUUUUUGCUUUUGUGUGCAGACUGUGUGUGUAGUAACAUCAGCCACUCGUCUGUGUUUUUGCCCGCCACUGAGCGCGGUAGCACGCCGAGUUCACCGUCAGCCGGCCUCCGCAUUCUGCUUCUCCCGUUCCCGGCGGCGGAGAGCUGACGAAAGUUGAGCGGAGUGACACGAGAGCACGAUAUAUAUAUAUACAUGUGUGUAGAUAUAUAGAGCAGCAGGUUUGCAGGAGCGGGUCAGUGAUCCUUGGCUUGUCAUUAUCAUCAUCAUCACUAAAUAUCGCCGCCGCUUGGGUUAGUUGUGUCAAGCCACGUACGAAAGAAGAGUGUUCGCGGCAGUAAAAACUCGACGACGAGGAUUUCUCCUAUUCAACUCGUUCAGUUUCAGGAAAAGAAAGAAAAAAGAAGUCCCUGUUAUUGUUGACGCAAUACAUCACUGAGAUGCUGGGACGCUUCAGCGGGACGGAACGACGACGCAAUUGCUUCGUUUGAUUAGUGAAAAGUGGAAGUUCAUUAAUUAGCAUUCGGCUAGAAGAACUGAAUUCAUGGUGUUGUUUGGGUGUUAUUAGCAAUUUCGUGUUGAUGCGUUUGUGUAGUGUACGAUCGUUACCGCGCACAGAGUUGUCAGUACUUCGUGACGCGACUGCUGCGCGAGUGAAUUUGUUUGUCUGCCUACCAAUCAGAGUGUUAACGAGUCGAUAAACUGGAGAUGUACGAUCAACCGUACGGACGGCGCAGCUAUGCGCAGAGCUCAGCUCCGCCAUACAACUAUCACUACGAGCAGUACACGCCAUCGCCAACGAAUUAUUCGAAAACCUCAUCUCAUCGCGAGAUGGAGCCGAUGGAGGAAAAAGAGGGCGGAUGCUGUUCGGGAUUCGUGUCCUGCCUGCUCGGCCUGGCAUUGUUCUCGAGCCAGCUAAUCAUCUUCGGCGUUGUUGCGCUCACUGUUUACUGGGUAUUCAAAUUCCGAGGUGGUAUCGAUAUCGAAAAGGACCCGCUCCUUCAGUUCAACUUGCACAUCAUCCUCAUGAUUAUCGGGUUCGUGUUCUUCUGUGGCCAGGCAAUACUUUCCUUUCGCGUAUUUGACUGCUGCAAGCGAUCGUACGCACGAUUCGUUCACCUGCUGCUUCAGUUGCUGGGAACAGCAUGCAUCACAGUAGGUUUCUAUGUGACUUUUAUGCACACUCAUAAUCAGGCUGUAGCGCACUUUCGUUCAGUGCAUACCUGGCUCGCGUUAGCAACCUGCGGACUCUUCGUUUUUCAGCUGGUGUUCGCUUUGUUCUGCUUCGUGUUACUGCUGUGCUGCCGUCGACGAUCGUUUUCGCUUCGUCAACGAUUGGUGCCGGUUCACGCUUCGUGUGGACUAGUCAUUUUUGCGAUGUUUGCUUGUACUGCCAUUACAGGAUUCAUCGAGGCUCAGAGUGAUCAAAUUAUUCUCCCGGCAAGCUAUAAUCAGACUGCUGAAAACAUCCUUUCGCUGAUUCCCGGCAGCCCAAAAGAACAGUCGGAUUUAAUAGUAAAGAUGCUUUCGUGCGGACUUCUUGCCCUCGUUGUACUUCUGCCAACCAUCACCAAUACAAGCAUUCGCGGCGGGCGUGGCGUAUUCUACCGCACCAACUAGCCUAUCUGGCCCCACAGUGCCUUACACAUCAACUAUAUGUGCACCUGUUUUUUUUCUGCGUCUUUGGCCUGAACGUGGAAGCAGCCUGCUCAAUCAAAGCGAUGCUUGCUACAGCUAGUGAAGAUCAAUGAUGUGCUGAGGAUUGUAGCGGACGAUACUCUCAGACUUCCUUUGCUACCAUGAACAUCGCCGACCAACGCAUAGAAAUCGGUCAUGAGAAUACACUUUCGAUAUCUUUGACAACAUCGGUCUUGCUAAAGAGACGAUAUGUUGUACUGCAUAUUGAAGACCACGUGAGAGCGUCAAUUAAAAAGUGUAGUUACAUCUUAUUUUUUAACGAAAAAAAAAAAAGAAGUUAGCGAACAGUACUUGCUAAUUGAUAAAAAAAAUUAAAAAAAAACCUGAUAACCGAAAAUUAUUAUGAUUUUGGAUAAUUUUCCUUAUCUUGCUGGCGUGGCUAAAUAAUGUUACAAACGAGACACAUUAAUAGAGCUCUAUUCGCAGCGUAGGACGAUUGGACUCCAUGUGGUACCGCCGAAAAUGCUGAAGAAUCGUGUUGAAUAUUGAGGUAUAGACAGAAGAGAAUAGAAUAAAAACAAACAGGAGGACAGCUUUCACUGAGAGUACCUUGAGUAGCAGCAGCAGCAGCAGCAGCAGAUAAUAACUGUGUUUACGAUGAUAUUAACAGUCGUAUUGAUAAUAUGACCAAUGAUGCGUUCGUCUCCUUUAAUAAAGUGAGAAAAACAGAACCAAACGCAGGGACUCUUUCGGUAAAUGAUUUAAUAAUUAUACGAAACUCUUUGAAAAAUUCUCACAUUUUAAAUAUUAUUCGAGAAUUGUUGCUGAAUAAAAAGUAUUAUAUUCAUUUUUUUCAAUAGCGAUUAACAAUCACAUCACUCUCUGAUUGAUGUUAAUUAGUAUUCAAAAUACGGUAGCAGCACGAGGAGAAAGUUACUGAAAUACUAGAUAAAGAGAAGAAACUUUAUGAUAACUAAUACAAUGGCAAUUAGCAGCAACACAUAUGAAAGUCAAAGGGGUUUAUAGUGAAAAUAAAGAGGAACUAGCCCGAUAGAAAAAGAUACCAAUUGAACGUAUGAGUGUAACUGUAUGAUUUAGGAAAAGCACGUGUUUUAAUGACAGUAUUUCACAGGGGCUAACAGAUCACAGCGUAUGGUUGUGCGUGUGUCGAGACGAUACAUGGUACGCGAAUGACUAAUAAAUGAUAUGACAUUAACGGCGAGUACUCUGAUGAAGAUGAAAAACGCGCUGAACAAGCAGUGGAAACAAUUGGUAUUAGAGUAGAAAAAUAUGGAUGGAAGCAAAUGGCAGGUGGUGACGACGAUUCGGGAACUAAGUUAUCAAAUAAGUCACAAUGUCUACGGUCUCUAGUAAAUCCACGCGUAACGAUAAGAGACUGCAAAAAAAAAAAAGAAAAAAAAAAA